GAGGCGCGUUCAUCCGCCUCAUCCCAGCCUCCUGCCCGCCAGCCCGAGGCAAUCGACCGACCCAAACACCCUGUCGGCACCCGGGGGCGACCUGCAGUACUGCCAGGUCUCGGGGUCCCGGGCCCCCAGGGCUGCUAACCGCCUCGCCGGGCCUCCCCGGGUACUCAGCGGGCAGCAGGCGCGACCUCUGCGCCAGUCGCCUUGGAUUCGGUCCCGUGGAGCUUGGAGUGGACAGUUGUAAAUAAAUGCCUUGUGGCUUUUGCUGUCAACUCUUUUUCGGACCCGCUGUCUGCUUGUCUAGACUGCUGAGGAGAGAAGUUCCCUAAAGUUAGAAGAGGAGCUUGUUUAGAGUGUGUUGCUGUUUUGUUUUGGUAGAGAACUUGGGUCCCAUCUAUCACCGAGUAGCCAGGCAGGCUGGCCCUCAGGGGACCAGUCACCAAGCACCUUGCUUGGGUUUCCAGCUGCAUCAGGGCCCACAGCGGGCUCCUAUGGGGGUGUUUCAGGAACAGAAACCUGAGGAUGGCUCUCCUCCCAGAUGAGAACUGCAUUCAGAUCUCGGAGCUGCCAGCCUGGUUGGGAGGGAGCCGAGAUCAAAGUGUCUGCUCCCUGACUCUCCCAAGUGACUGAAUUAUACAGCUCUUUGGUGAAAUCAGCAAGGUGGGGAGAGGGGGCAGAAGGGCUUUGCUGCCAGUAGAGCUGCUGAGGAGGCUGGAUUUUCACUCCAAGGGUUGGGCUGAGGUGUACCCAGGCUGGUAGGAGGCCCUGGAACGUUAGCAAAAAAAAAAAAAAGAUAGCUGACUUAGGAGGCUCUUGAUACAAAGUGGGAACUGGAACCGCUGGGUGGAUGUGUGACCGGUCGUCAAGCAGGGAGGUGGCAAGGACAGUGUCAGAAUCCAGGAACCCUUCACUUUCCUUUCCCACUUUCCCAUGUCAGACAGUGCAAGAGAGCACUUACAGACUUGUUUUCAAGGACACCACACCUCACUUUUUCAUGCUGCUUAUGACUUUGUGAUAGGGGCAGCCUCUGAACAAGACUUGUUUCUUCUAAGCACAUGCUAGUUGGUGUUUUAAGGUGUGUUCUGCGUCUUUCAGUCCAUCAUUGAGAGAACUAUAAGGCUUGUCCUGGGCCUGAUUUUUAGAAAGCCUUUCCUAGGCUUCGAGUGAUGUCCCCUUGGCACCAACACUCAGCCGUGGGCCACAGUGUUUCCAGUCUCCGGGUCUGCACAAACCUAUAUUUUCUCCUCUUUCCAAAUAAGUCUUUUCUUAAAACGUGGUUUUCAAAAUACAGAACUACACAGAAUUGUUGUGAAACGUCUCCUAUCAAUGCCCUUCCCCCAUGCUUUUCUUGGCAGAAUCUGACCCUCUUCUAUUUCUAAGGCAGGUCUUACACGAGCCUCUGCUCUAGCUUCUGCCUUAGAAAGAUUUUCUCCCUGGCUCUGCCUGCUGGCCUGUUAUCCUGGCUAUUCCGUCUCUGCCUCUUACUUUUCUUAAGUUUCUUGCCCCGUGUUGGCAAGGUAUGUGUGCAGAGGACCACCGAUUUAAAGGCUCCAACUUAACUUUAAAAAACUUUGCUGGUGGUCUAGUUACUUCCCUCCAUAGUUACCUGACUAUAAGCAGUUUCCUUCCACAAAAUAGAUUUUCUGGUGGUGAGAGCAGCACUAUAUGGGGCAGGUGUCCCUGCUCCAGCACCCAAACAGAAGGAAGAAUCACAGGACUUUUUUGAGCAGGAGUAGAACCCCCUCAGUGGGGCUUGUAGAAGAGCUCCCAGGAACUCCCCAGGGGCCCCAGAGGAAGGCAGUUGUCUGUCACACUUGAGGAACAUCCUGGGCAGUGAGCCACAUCCGGAACCAGAAGCAGCACAGCUGUUUCUUAACCCUCAUAGACCCUCCCCCCAGGGCCCAUGUUUGUUUGGGGUAAGGUUCAGCCGAGGCUACGUCUGGCCUCUCUACCUCUUCUUUCAACCCCUCUGGUCAGUGCUGUCCAUAUGUACCUGCGUCGAAGUAUCCCCAUAUGCAGUAUAUUAAUGAACAGAGGUCACAGAAAAUUAAAAAGCUCAUGUCUAAGGGGAACCGCAGGGAAUGAUAAUAAUAGAUGUUUUCUGAGUACUCCUUGCAUUCCACAGCCCGGCGAGGCAGGUGCUGUUCUUAUUCCUAUUGUACAAGGAAAACGAGAUAGAGAGGCUGAGUAAAAUUCCCAAGUGUUACAGCAAAGCCAGGGUUUGAGCUUGGCAGUCAGGCCCGGCCAGCCUCUUCGCUACUGUCCCCCAACCACCAUCAGCACCCAUCCCCCCACACCUUGUGCUCUUGUAACAGUGACCACAGACUGGGGACUGCUAAGCCUUUACACUGCUCUUCCCCAGGCAGAUGAGCUGCACCCAGGCCAGUAAGCUGGCUUCUCGGGGCAGGGUCCCAGAGGACCCAGGAGUUUCUGUCACUCCCAAGAGCACAGGCCUUGGACAGGUGCAUGGAGGCCUGGGCCCACAGAUGGCUCACCUGGAUCUGUGUGUGGAUGAGCUGAGUCAGGUGGGCCAGGAAGCGAACAACUGAGUGAUCACUCAGAAAAGGCUUUAGAAGUCAGCUUCCGCGCUCAUGACAGGUCCAGGUGCCUGGGGCCGGGCCUGCUUGCCUUCCUGGGUCUGAAACAUUGGCCUGGCCUGGUGUACCUGUGUGUGCGGGAGGCCGAGGUGGGAGUGAGACCCAUCGGUGGUGCUGCUGUAACCUGGAGUCUGUGCAGGGGCCGUCAGGCCGCUCCAGCUGUGCCCAUGGGCCUGGCCUGGGAGCGCAGACCCCUCAGCUGCCUCCUUCAGCUGAGAAGCGGCCCAGCACCAGCUCCUUGGGCAGAUGCUGGGAGGAACCUCCUGCGGGAGAGGCGGGCAUGGUUCGUCUGCUCUGGCUCUCAGCACAUCGCAGUGAUGAUGCUGGAAACUAGGCCGUGAGCUGGGCCACCUCAUGGACACCUAGUUCUGCCUCCAGCUCCUCAGGGACCUUGACACGGAGACAGGCAGUGCUGCAGGGCUGGUGGCUGAGUCCAGGGGUCAGCUAGGGAGCCACACAUACCUUCCGGAGACUCCCAAAGCUUCCCUGCCUCCUACUGGAGGACAGUGGGCACCCUUCACCCCAGUGUCCUAGAUGUCUCUUGUCAGAGACUGCUCCUCCUGAGGCCUGCACUGGACCCUGCCUUCUGCUGCUGACGCAGCGACAGGUCAUCCCCACAUGCGGUCCUGUGUCCUUUUCUUUUGUGUGUGUUUUUACAGUUUUGUCGAGUUUUUCUUCAUUUAAAAUGCACAGUUCAGUGUUCCGUAGUAUGUCCACCGUGUUGAGCGACCAUCACCUCAAUCAAUGUUACAAUAGUCUCAUCACCCCAAAAAGAAACCUCGUCCCCACUGGGAGUCGAACCUUAUGCCCCCACCCCCACAACCACUCGCCUGCUUCCUGCCUUUGUGGAUUUGCCUGUUCCGGGCAGUUCACAUAAAUGGAGUCCCACACCGUGUGGUCCUUGGUGACUGGCUUCUUUCACUGAGCACGACGUUUUCAAGGUUCCUCCAAGUGGUCACAUCUGUCAGCCCUCACUCCCUCUCAUGGCCAGGACCUGCAUGUCUGUCACCUGUCAAUGCACACGGCAUUGUUCCCACUUGGCUCUUGUGACUGGUGCUAUAUGAGCACUUGUGUGCAGCCUCUCCAUUGUGACCAUCCAGAGACUAAGCUAAGCAGAUCCUGAGACAGGUUCUGCGGGGAGUGCCUCCAGCCAUGUCUGCAGGUGCCGUCCCCUCUAUGCCCCCUGUGCCGCCUGCCCUUCGACCCCAAAAAGGUGGACAAGGCCGCCCACGUGGAGAAGCAGCUCUCAUCGUACAAGGCACCCUGCCGGGGCUGCAACAAGAAGGUGACACUGGCCAAGAUGAGGGUCCACAUUUCCUCCUGCAUGAAGGUCCAGGAGCAGAUGGCCAACUGUCCCAAGUUUGUCCCUGUGGUGCCCACAUCCCAGCCCAUUCCCAGCACUGUCCCCAACAGGUCCACCUUCACCUGCCCUUACUGUGGCGCCCGAAACCUGGACCAGCAGGAGCUGGUGAAGCACUGUGUGGAGAACCACCGCAGUGACCCCAACCGUGUGGUGUGCCCCAUCUGCUCGGCGAUGCCCUGGGGUGACCCCAGCUACAAGAGCGCCAACUUCUUGCAGCACCUACUCCACCGGCACAAGUUCUCCUACGACACCUUUGUGGACUACAGCAUCGAUGAGGAAGCCGCCUUCCAGGCCGCCCUGGCCCUGUCUCUCUCUGAGAACUGAAGGCGCAGCCCGGCCACCAGGACCGAGCCUUCCCGCCUUAAGGGACAGGGACAGGGCUAGGCUGGCUCUCUGUGGUCCAGCGCCUGCACUGGAAUGCACCUUGUCGGCCAGAGGGAGCCUUCAUCAUUGCAGGCGGAGAGGCAGCCCCCAAGAUUGCCAGGGCCCGGGAGAGACCACUGUCCCCUUGCCGUCAGAGGACAGCCGCCGGUGCUCCUGGCCGAGCGUGGCUGGUUUCUUCGGUGCUUCGGGCCGAGCAGACGUCCCGUUGGGACUGAGGCAGUCAGAUGUCUGUCUCUCUCAAAGCCAUGACGUCCUCCCCGUAUAGAGGGGGAGCCCCGGCGACACCCGCCUGGCCGCCAGCGUCUGGCAACACAUCCCCCUGCGCACCUGGUACUGGCUUUGUGAUAACUAGAAAUUCUGGCAUUUUUCUAUAUUAUCCAGUGUGAUAACCUUUUCACAUUUUAUAGAGCAAAGACAAAGCAGUUACUCUUCAUAUUGCAAUAUCUGUGUUUGACUAGGAACAAUAGUAUUUUUAUGGAACAUUUACAAAAUUAUAUUUUUUAAAAAAAAACAAUCAAAAAUAAACAGUUGUGGGAUCGAGCUGGGGAGAAAAGGAGAGAGCGGGUAAAUGCUGGAGCCAAAAUGAACUGUGGGGUUUCGCUUAUGUACAUGGGACGGCGGUGGCCACAUCCCAGGUCAUCUCAAGUGUUUUCCAGGGUUCCUGUGGUUGGUUUGUCAUUUCCCUUAGAUAACGACCAGGAAGAAAUCCCAACACACUGGCCAAUUGCAGUGAUCGCUGGGCUGUUCCGCGGCCUCCUCCUGCCUGGGAUCCUGGCCUGAGCCCCGCUGACACCUUUCCAGAGCUGACCACGUCCGCCUCAGGCAGGGCCACCCCAGUGGUGGCAGAGUUUGGGGGACCUGGGCGGGAGCCCUGUGCAAUGGUGGGCUGGGCCAGAAAACACUCGUCAGUACUCUUGUUUGGUUCAUGGCAUAAAUUAUUGCUGUCUUUUAAAAAAAAUUUAAAUAAAAUGUUUCAGAGCAUCUGU